AAUCUACGCUGCAAAAUGAAGAAGACAAAAAAAUACCAAGGCACAAUACUCAAUAUAUGCAGUCGUUUUUUAACACAGACUAUUUUACUACUUCUUAACUUAGUCAUAGUGGUAACAGUGACUGAAACAACUGACUGUCCACUGAACACAUGCAGGUUUAGUCUAAUUGCUUGCACUUUCAAUGACUGUGAAAACAAGGAAGCAAAGAGGGCUCUCCAGGACUGGAGGACUCUUAUGUUGGUCUUUGGAUGAGAAACACAUCAUUUCUGUGACGAUUGUUUCCCCUUCAGGCGGAGGAUUCAGUGGAUGGCUGGAGAAAGAUCAAGGUGGCCUGAGACAGAGGCUACAGUCUCUCCCUGUAUACGUGCACCUAUUAUCACAUAACCAAAGUCCCAUACCUGUUUUCAGGUUUAGACCUAUACCUAUGUAGUAUAACACUAAGCCUUUAGAGUCAGCCACAUACAAAAUUAAAUGUGCACAAGGGAAUAUCACUAUGAAAACAUUCAUCACUCUCUGAGGACAAAACAUCACACAGAGAGGAAAAUUUGUUUUCCCUCAUAGCUGGGGAGGUAAAUUAAACAUAGAACAGUGGUGGAUCUGUUUGCUAGCACAUGAAGGAAAGGUAUGGCGAGUGAACAAGAAGACAGGCUGUGAAACACAGAGGUGGGGAUUAAAUUGGGUCAAAUACAAAAGUGGGGGUGAUGUGUUCCUCAUUAGGAUCAGCACUGCAUGGCACAGAAAAGCCAUAGGCAAUUCCCAUUGUCCCACAGGCAGAAAUGGAUUUGAGCUUGGUUUCCUCUGCGUGGCUGACCCAGGCGGACUUUUCCGAGCGAGCGUGGGCGCAGAGGAAAGAGGAAGACAAAGAGCUGGCCCAUGCGAGCAGCGUGUGGACUGAGUGCAGCUGUUUCGUUCAGAGCAGAGCCCAACAUGUGAGAAGAUGUCUGUUGGAGGUUGUGCUUGUCCCGGCUGUUCGUCAAAGUCAUUCAAGCUGUACUCUCCUAAGGAGCCCCCCAACGGCGGCAGCUUUCCCCCCUUCCACCCAGGCGCUAUGCUGGACAGAGAUGUGGGGCCUACACCCAUGUACCCCCCGUCAUACAUGGAGCCUGGAAUGGGGAGACCCACACCGUACGGGAACCAGACAGACUACAGGAUAUAUGAGCUGAACAAAAGGCUACAGAAUUGGACAGAGGACUGUGAUAAUCUCUGGUGGGAUGCCUUCACCACAGAGUUUUUUGAGGAUGAUGCCAUGCUCACCAUUACUUUCUGUCUGGAAGAUGGACCCAAAAGAUACACCAUCGGCAGGACGUUGAUUCCACGCUACUUUCGAAGUAUUUUUGAAGGAGGCGCUACUGAGUUGUUUUAUGUAUUGAAGCAUCCAAAGGAGUCCUUCCACAGUAACUUUGUGUCUCUGGACUGUGACCAGUGUACCAUGGUGACCCAGAAUGGCAAACCUAUGUUUACACAGGUUUGUGUGGAGGGCCGUCUGUAUCUAGAGUUCAUGUUUGAUGACAUGAUGAGGAUCAAGACGUGGCACUUCAGCAUCAGACAACACAGAGAGGUCCUACCAAGGAGCAUUUUGGCUAUGCAUGAUCCCCAGAUGCUCGAUCAGCUGGCUAAAAAUAUCACCAGAUGUGGGCUGUCCAACUCAACGCUCAACUACCUCCGCCUAUGUGUGAUAUUGGAGCCCAUGCAAGAGUUGAUGUCCAGACAUAAGACCUACAGCUUGAGCCCCAGAGACUGCCUGAAGACCUGCCUCUUCCAAAAGUGGCAAAGAAUGGUAGCCCCACCAGCUGAGCCAGCCAGACAAGCUCCAAACAAGCGUCGGAAAAGGAAGGUAUCCGGCGGAAGCACCGUGAGCUCCGGCGGAGGCAGCAACAACAACAGCAACAGCAAAAAGAAGAGUCCAGCCAACAGCUUUUCACUCUCCAGCCAGGUACCUGACCUGGUUGGAACAAAAACCUGUACAGUGCCGGAGCUUGAGGACCGGAGUUGAGAACCACUACGCUAAAUCUUAAACACACACACACACACACACUCAACACACAAACACACACACACACACAUAUAAACAUAUACACACAAACACUGACACACCCAAAUCAGUGCACACGCUAACACACAUGCACGCACACACACUCAGCUACACCCUACAGCAUAAAACAUUGAGGUACUGGAGAGAGGUGGUACGCAGCAUGUCUGGACCAGAACACCAGACACUACAGAAGUGUGUUUUCAUUUUCUAUGUUUUAGAAUUGUUUUGAGUUUGUUUUUUUUUUUAUUUUUGUAAACAAUUUCUAAAAAAUAAACAGACAAGCAAGCAAACAAAAACACCCCAGAAUAUUCUUUGCACUGUUUUCCACUAUUAACUCCAAUCUAUUUUUCUUAUGAAUUGACGGUGUAUUUUUUCUUUUCUAUUAUUGCUAAUGUAAGAACUGUAAAACAUCUGAAACCUGCAGUAUAUUAAUGUAUAAGUAUUGCUGUUAGAUCAUUCUUAUUGUGAUGGUAUUAACUUUCAUGUAUGUCUAUGCUUGAUAUAAUGUCAUCCAUCUGUGUCAGACAUCAUCACACUGUCAUCAGGUCCAUUGGCUUCAGUGCUAGAAAACAGGCUGGGGAGAACAAGGCUAAUGUUUUAAUACUGUGCUACAUCUUGUUUGAUGUGAGUUCAAAGCGGCACAGUGGUAACCAGUUUACCAACUAAAUUUCCAUCAAGCGCCUGGUUUGGAUCUUUUGUCUUGUCAUUGCAGAACUGUUUGCUUUGUCUCCAAAUCUCUAUCUGGGGGUCCUCUCUUCAGAGAACAUAACAACAGAAAACUUCUCAAAUUUGCUACUCAAAAUAUUUUAAAAAAACAAGUUUUGACAGGAUUGUAAAAUAAGAAAAAAAAGACUUUUGUAUUAACUUAAGUUUCCCAGAAAUGUUUUUAAUCAAAAUUAAGAAAGCUGCAGACCAAGGAGCUACAUGUAAAGAUUCUUUAGAUAUUGAUUAUACUGCGCUGUUUUAUGUUUUAUGAAGAAUCAUUUUGUUGGCUUUACUCCUCAUGUUUGUGUCUGUGCUUGUAUAUUUUUAGCUAGUAAUUUCUGUAAAAGUUAUUCUAUGUAUUCCUCCCUAGAACUAUGAGAAACUCAAUCUAAUGUAAAGAGAUGAAAAGCCUCUUAAAAGUUUUUUUAAACGUGAUUUUUAAUGGUACAAUCACUGAUAAAAGAAUUUUGCCCUCAUUUUAGCAAACUGUAUUUAUUUUUCUAUGUACUGACAUUCUGUUUAGGUCCCACCCACCUGUACAAUAUUCAUUAUAAUAUAUGGAGGAGUUUGUGGGGCUGCUGAGUCAGUUAAUGCUAAUAGAGGUCAUUCCAUUACUUUUGUUCUUUGACAUGCGGCUCCCAGGUCAUCCUGGCCUGUUUAUUACAAUGGUUCAGUAUGUUCACAGUAAAGAGAUAUUUAAUAGCCAUUUUCUGCUGUUGUAGGUUUCUGGUCUAUCUGAAAACUUGUCAGAUGCACUGAAAACCAAUAAAUAAUCACAUUUAGAGAAAACGUUAA